AUGUGGCAUAAAAAAUUAUUACCCCUUUACUGGCACACACCUUUAGUUCACUGCUUCAGGGAACACUUUAUUUCCGUCGUCAACAGAGGAAACAAUGAGAAAAAGAGGAACAUACUCUACGGCAGAGAAGUCAUCACCCGUCUCUGCGACAAUGUUUCCCAUCAAUUGGCAAAGCCUGCCACCAGAAACUUCACGGGAAUUUAAAGAAAAUGCAACAGCAGCACAAUCUGCACCCUGGAAUAAACCUACUCUCAGUAAUAAGCCUGACCUGGUACAAAUUCGAAGCCGGAAUGAAUGUUUUCAGUUGCUCAAAGACAUGGCCAAGGAGCUUGAGGAUAUCAACAAGGGCAGAAAUAAAAACUCACUGGAAAGGCACAAAAAAGUUUCAGGAGAAGAUUCUGUGGUGGUUGAUGUAGAGAGCAGCAAGAGUCUUAUUCUGUCAUGGGCUAAAGAAUUGGACAGGAUUAGUAUGUCAAGAGGAGUGACAAAGAAAGCAUCAAUCGAAGCAGAUGUUACACAAAUGAAGAAUAACAAUGUGUGCGAUAUUCAAGACAGUGAGAGGCUCAUGAAGUGGGCACAAGAGUUGCAGAAUGUCACAGAGAACUUGAAACUUAAAGAUGAAGACUUAAAGCAGAUUUUUACACAUCAAAAAAGGCUUGUACAACUAGCUGAAGUUGUUCCCUUUCUGGAGUUUGUGGUGUGGUCAAUUCUCUCAUGUGACUCUGAGGAGGAUGUUUCAAAAAUAUGGUUGCCUGCUAAGCAGAAAACAUGGAAGACAAGCAGCCAGAAAUAUAUUCCUACUUCAGUUUGGCAGUGGAUUCAGAGUGCCUCAGUUGAUGUGCAUCUAGAUUCCAGUUCAUGCCACCCCUGGCUCUGCGUGUCCAAGGACAAAUUGAAAGUGUAUGAACUGCAUGAGGCGCCUCGAGAGCAGCAGUUGGAUAAUCCUGAACAGUUUGACAAACAACCGUUUGUCCUAGGACUCAACAGAUUCUCCAGUGGGAGACACUACUGGGAGGUGAAUGUACCAGCAAAAGGAUCAUGGAGGUUAGGGGUAGCGGCUGCAUCUGCUCAAAGAAAAGGCCGCUUUAACGUUGCUCCAGGAUCAGGGUACUGGACUAUUUGCAGCAGAUCUGAGACUCUCCAAGCAUGCACUGAUCCCCCUACCAAGCUGCCGAAUUCUGUACCACUUCAGGUGGUUGGGGUUUAUGUGGACUAUGAGGAAGGACAAGUGUCCUUUUAUAAUGCUAAAAGCAGGUUCCAUAUGUAUACUUUCACCCAGACUUUUAGAGAUGUGCUUUUCCUGUUUUUGCUUGUUUGGAUGGGAAUACUGUACUAAAAAUCUCUACAUUAUAAUAUACAGAUGUAUUUGAUCUGUAUUGAAAAGUAAGAGCUCCUGCAAGUUCAGUAGAACUUCCACUGCAUAUAUGACUGUUUCUCUGCUCCCAAAUCACAUGAUGAUUAAAGGUCUAUAGGUAAAUUGA